UACUAAGCCGUGGCGGCGUGGCGUCAUUAUCAAUCACUGGAAGAAUUAUAGUUUCGCGACAUCCAGACUUCUCUCAUGUCGCCUCUGACCCUCCAUCUAUCCGUCGCCCAACAGCUGCAAGAAGGAUUAUGCCGUAUCUAAGAGCCCCACCAGCCAUGGCCACACUCGCGCUGCGGGCUCGCACGGAUGCAGAAUCGCCAAUCGACGAGUCAAGCCGCGUUACAGACGUGGUGGAAGUAGCCAACGCCUCUACGCUCCACGACUUGGAUAUGGACGAUGACGAUGUAAUUCGAUACCGCGAACAACGAUCUCAGAAACUCGUCGCGAAGAACAGACGCAAGCGCUACCUUGAAGUCCACCCAGAGUACUUCGAUGAUUCCUCGCUAGAGCUCGCCGACCCGUUGCUUUACGAUCGCCUCAUCCGCCGUUUCCAGUCCGCCAACGAACGAGAAGCGGAAGGUCGCCGCAAAGGCUUCUCUGGCGAGAUUGAAACCGACUUGUGGCGCGCCGAAGCCAAGAAACACGCCCUCGAUCAUCCAGACCCACAAUCGCUCUUCACGUACACUCGAGGCCCUCGUGGGGAGAUUCGCGAAGAAGAUAAGGACGAGGUCCCCAUAACAAAAUCUGAAGGCAGGGCGUGGUGGAUAGACGAAAUGACCCAACGUUUUCUCCGCGGCGCUACUGAUUUCGAUUACACAAAGGUAGACAUGAAUGACAAAUACGACGACCCCGAAGAGGAGCGGGAUAUACAGGAAGCCUAUUUCGACAGUAUGGAGUCGGAUUUCGAUUCAGAUGGCGAGGGCAAAGAAAAAAUCCUCACGGGAGAGACUGGAAUACAAGACUACUGA